GCUGCAGCAGCUGCUGCAGCAGCUGCUAAUUCAGUCCUCUGAACCAAGGCUGCUGGCUGCACCUGAAUCAAAUAUUUCCCUUCUCAAGGAAGGAAAAGAUCUGAGCAAUGAUGAAGACUAUGUCCAGUGGGAACUGCACCUUGAAUGUGCCAGCCAAGAAUUCAUACCGGAUGGUUGUAUUGGGAGCCUCCAGGGUAGGCAAGAGUUCCAUUGUCUCUCGGUUUCUCAAUGGCCGCUUUGAUGACCAAUACACACCCACCAUUGAGGAUUUCCAUCGCAAAGUUUACAACAUUCGAGGAGACAUGUAUCAGCUGGACAUCUUGGAUACAUCUGGGAAUCAUCCAUUCCCUGCCAUGAGAAGGCUCUCCAUUCUCACAGGAGAUGUUUUCAUUCUUGUAUUCAGUUUGGAUAACAGAGAAUCUUUUGAUGAGGUCAAGAGGCUCCAGAAUCAGAUCCUUGAAGUCAAAUCUUGUCUGAAGAACAAAACCAAGGAAACAGGGGACUUGCCCAUGGUGAUCUGUGGUAACAAGAAUGAUCAUGGUGAACUCUAUCGCCAAGUGAGUUCUGAGGAAGCUGAGAAGCUUGUCUCCAGUGAUGAGAACUGUGCAUACUUUGAAGUCUCAGCCAAGAAAAACACCAACGUGAACGAGAUGUUCUAUGUUCUUUUCAGCAUGGCCAAACUACCCCAUGAAAUGAGUCCUGCUCUUCAUAGGAAGAUCUCUGUGCAGUAUGGUGAUGCUUUCCACCAAAAGUCCUUCAGGAUGCAUAGGGUCAAAGAGACAGAUGCCUAUGGCAUGAUUUCCCCCUUUGCUCGUCGACCCAGUGUCAACAGUGAUUUGAAAUAUAUAAAAUCCAAAGUCCUCAGAGAAGAGCAAGCAAGGGAGAGAGAGAAAUGCACAAUCCAGUAAAAGAAGCUCCACUGAGAAGGAGUCCAUCGCAUGCAUGCAGUGCCUUAAGGAAAAUGGCUGAAGAGAGAUAGUCUGAAAAUAUUUACUGAGUCAUGGGUGAUAACAGCAGUCAUGAAAAUACUUUGGCUAGAGCAUUGUACCAUUUCUGUAAAGAUAUAAAUAAAUUAAAACACAGCAUUGUAAAUACUUGAAGCUGCUAUGGUAGAUACUGUAACUGCCAUACACAGCCCUUAUUAUUUGGUCUUUUGGUUUUUGUAUUUUUUUAACAAAAAAACCCUCUUAGUUUUCUCUUUUUGUUUUCCUUUGUUUCAAGAAGCUUCAAGGUAUAAAGAAAUUUGAAUUUCAAUUUUAUACAAAAACAGUUAAAAGACGGGCCUGAUUUGUACAGAUUUCUUGAGUAGCCAUUUUGCAGGAGACAAUCUGAUAACAAGAUGAAAAUUGGUAGUUGUUUUCCUCCA